AUGUUAACUGAAAAAGCGCGUGUGCCAGAUGUACGAAUACAGGGAGGCUUCGCUUCGUCGCAUAUAGCCUUCAAUCUGCUCAUCACUCCAGUAUCCAACAUUUUCCUUAUUCUAAAACGGGCGCUGUUAGACUUCUUAACGUCGAAAGGUUACCCACAAGAGAAGUACAAAGUUAUUUCUAGGUGGCCUAGAAGAGACCUGACAGCGGAAUCUCAGAGCAGCACACUGAUCGCACUCGAGCUAUAUCCACAAGAAACCAUCAUUCUAGAGGAGCGGUGA